AAAUCCACAACCAACAAUUUUCUUGUUUACUUUCUUACAACAAUUUCUUAUCGCCUCCUCCAAUGCCUUAUCAGAAUCAGUCGGAAUCAUUAUAGAACAAAUAAAGUAGUGAAAGAAAUAUGUCUUUAUAUAAAGAUCUUCCAGAGGAGCAUCCUAGAAAACUAAUACCAGAAUUAUGUCGGCAAUUUUAUCAUCUUGGUUGGGUAACUGGCACAGGUGGAGGCAUGAGUAUUAAAUAUAACAACGAAAUUUAUAUAGCCCCAUCUGGAGUACAAAAGGAACGUAUGCAACCAGAUGAUUUAUUCGUACAGGAUGAGGAAGGAAAAGAUAUUAUGUUACCACCGGAUUACAAAAAGCUAACGAAAAGUCAAUGUACACCUUUAUUUAUGCUCGCUUAUCGUCAUAGAGGAGCGGAAGCUGUGAUACACACACAUUCGCAACAUGCAGUAAUGGCAACUUUAUUAUGGCCUGGAGAAGUCUUCCGCUGCACACAUUUGGAGAUGAUUAAAGGCGUUUACGAUGAGGACUUAAAACGUUAUCUACGAUACGAUGAGGAACUGGUCGUACCAAUUAUUGAGAACACUCCAUUUGAACGAGAUUUAGCAGAUAGCAUGUAUGCUGCUAUGCUUAAGUAUCCCGGUUGUAGUGCGGUGCUAGUACGACGUCAUGGGGUAUAUGUUUGGGGUAAAAGCUGGGAAAAAGCUAAAACAAUGUCGGAGUGCUAUGAUUAUCUCUUUUCCAUAUGCGUGGAGAUGAAGAAGAGUGGGUUAAAUCCUGAAAUGUUCACCUAACAAUACAGUUAAAAUAAAAAAGUGUGCAUUUUAUUAUUUCUAAAAGUGAAUAAACAAAGAAACUUUAAUAAAGAUUUAAGUCAUGCCUUUUAAAGGCUAACGAUAAGGAUGUAAUAAAUUAAUACAUUAAACUUUUUAUGAACAUUUUGAAUGAAUUGAA